AUGUUUGAAAAAUUGAAAAUAACAAAGGCUGGUGUAGGAAAAUGGUAUGGUUAUGAUCCAUUUAUUAAAAUAUGCAUGAGCAAAUACAUGAUGGGGAGUAAACCAUCUUGUUUGGAGAAGUGGAGUGAUGUAGAUUGGAUGGAAAAGGAUUUCACAGCUAGGGAAAGAAGGGAUUUAUUCAAGAAAAUUGCAACUUGCAAUCAUUCAGUCAGUAGUCCUAAACUAGAUGAGGAUGUGGGUGUGACAAAACAUUAUAUAGAUUUAUUGGAGAAAAGGACUGGGUUGUCUUCCAAACUCUUGCCCCAGCUCUAUAAAAAUCUGUCAAAAGCCCCAAUUCAACAAGAUGAAUUUAGUCUUGCUGCGGAAGAUGUUCAAAGAGUUAUUAAAGAAAAUGGUCUGGAAAACCAAGCACAACUUUCUGAAUAUGACAGGGAAUUGAAUUCAAAACUGAAACAUUUUCCAUUGAAAUAUUCACUCUUGUCCACAGAUUAUUUUGCAAAUUAUACAAUGGGAUGUAUAAGAAACUUUGUAGAAAGAAAUCAUUUAUUUAGCAAUGAGGAAAUCUUAGAUAGAACUCUAAUUUCUCAACAAUUGCAUUGCAUACUGGGCAUUGAAAUAGAAAGAUAA